AUGGACCCCACAAACGAUCCCAAUUUUGUCCCGCCUUCUGCGAACAAAAACUACGUACCACCAGCGGGCAACAAGGUACCCAAAUCUAAACCUAUCCAACCGUAUGUUUUAGAGGACUACUGUGAACUAAUAGAUGCUCCACAACCACAUCCGUCUAAAUCGUUGCCGAUUUCUCCCAGUUCAGGGUCUGCCGGAUUAGAUAACCAUUGCGCAGGCUCUCAGAACAAAAUUGUGCAUCACAAGAUCCCUAAACCAAGAACAGAUCUCAACAGCUCCAGUGAUGAUGAAAGCGACCCAAAACAGGAAAAUAGAGACAGCAAACCGAAUGAUGAAGAUAAACUGCAUUUGAACCAACAUAAUUCCAAACAUGAGAAACAGCCCGUGGGGAAUAUCCCUCGCAUUCAUUCAUUUCAAAUUGCCGACUUGGAAGAGGUUCCUCACGGAGUGCAGCGCCAGUCCAAGAAUCUUGAGACUUAUAAGUUUCCAACUCAUAGACUGGUUAGCACGCUGAAAGAGUCUGGUAAAUAUCCCUUGGUUAUAGUGGCUUGUGGAUCUUUCUCUCCCAUCACCUACCUGCAUUUAAGGAUGUUUGAGAUGGCAAUUGAUGCUAUCAGAGAAAACACAAAGUUUGAAGUUGUUGGCGGUUACUACUCACCUGUUAGUGAUAACUACAAGAAACAAGGUUUGGCAUCAGCUGCGCAUCGUGUGAGGAUGUGUGAAUUAGCAUGCGAAAGAACUAGCUCCUGGUUAAUGGUAGAUGCCUGGGAAUCGCUUCAACCCCAGUAUACACGAACAGCGCUUGUAUUAGACCAUUUCAACGAAGAAAUCAAUAUUAAAAGAGGAGGUGUAAUCACUUCCUCUGGAGUGAGGAAACCAUGCAAGAUUAUGCUCCUGGCGGGUGGUGAUCUUAUUGAAUCAAUGGGUGAACCAAAUGUAUGGGCUGAUCAAGACUUGCAUCAUAUCCUUGGAGGUUACGGAUGUCUGAUUGUCGAACGAACAGGGUCCGAUGUUCGAAGUUUCCUCCUUUCUCACGACAUUAUGUAUGAACACCGCAAGAACAUUCUGGUUAUUACCCAACUCAUUUACAACGAUAUUAGCUCUACGAAAGUCCGGCUAUUCAUACGCCGUGGAAUGAGCGUUCAAUAUCUGUUGCCGAAUAGUGUGAUUCGGUAUAUCCAAGAACACAAGCUUUACGUCAAUGACACUGAACCGGUCAAGCAAGUUAUGGGCGACAAAGCCGAUUAA